AUGAAAUAUUCAGCUUUUAAGAAUUCUUUAAGAUUUGCAAGCAAGUUUUGCCAGAAAAAUAAUUAUAAAGUAUAUAUGAAUAGUGUGCCUCAAUUUUCUACUUUUACUUAUGGAAAACAUAUAAAAACAAACCCCUUGACAAGUAGACUUGAUGAUUUAUUAAAAAAAAAUUCGAAUUUAAUAAGUAUAAUGAGUGUUAAUGGAUUAGAUGAUUUAAUUACGCAAUCUUCAAAAAUUGAAUCUGUUUCAAUUGCAGAAUGGUUACUAAACCUCGUAGAAGAAUAUCAAUUAAUGCUAUCAUGUGUAAAUAUGACUACAAUACGCAGUUGGUUUUCCAUUAGGAGCAUUAGAUUGUCAACAAAAUUUUUCAAAAAUUAA